AUCUUCAUAUAAUCAAUUCUUAGUUAUAUCUCUCAAUAGUUUGCAAACAAUGGCUUCUUGUGGCAUUGCUUCUUGUUUCGUCAUUCUUAUGGUAGCAUUUUGUGUAUUGAACUCGGAAGCAUGUACUCAUGACUCAGAGUGUCAAUUGAAUUGUGAACAUCUCGGCUUUUGUGACUUAAAAACCGGAAAAUGUAGUUGCUUGCCAGUAUUUGAGCCGCUACCAUCUAAUGAUGCUAAAUGUAGCAAAGAUUCAGACUGCGCCAAACCUUGUGGACAAGGUUGUAAACGCUAUAACUGUGUGCGUGGCUAUUGUUUGUGCCAUUGUACUGCAUAAGAAAACAUAUUGUUUUCUUUCAAAGGCUCCAAUUUUAGGCCAUUCAAUAAUUUGUACUAAAAAUUAGUGAAUAAAAAAAGGGUGUUGAGAGGAUUAA